CAGCCGAGGAGUGGGUGUGCCCGCCCCGGCCUAGUCGCCUCGGGACUGCAUUUCCCAGCGGCCCCAGCGCGCCCCUACCCGUGCCCCAUCAGCUGACAGAGCCGCCUGACGGGAGAGGCACUCCCCGGCCCGGGGCUGGGGAGUCACAGCCGCCACCCACCAGAGUCCUGGGGGUAGCUGUCCGGUCUGCAUGUGCGGAAGGAACCCUCGUCCCCAACCCUGGAGGGGGUCAAGCCCCGCUGCCUCCGCCCCUUUCGUGACUGACUCCCAACCCUAGAGCCCACCCCUCUGGUUUAGGCUCUGUCACUCCUGACCGUUUGUCUCCCCAGGGAUCUCGAGCGGGGUCGGUGCUGCAGCGAGAGCCGAGGCAAAAUGUCCCCAGAAUCCAAAAAGCUGUUCAACAUCGUUAUUUUAGGCGUUGCCUUUAUGUUUAUGUUCACUGCCUUUCAAACUUGUGGGAAUGUGGCGCAAACUGUUAUCAGAAGCCUAAACAGCACAGAUUUUCAUGGCAGUGGAUAUACCAGCAUGGCAAUUAUUUAUGGAGUGUUCUCUGCUUCAAACUUGAUUACACCUUCGGUUGUAGCCAUAGUGGGACCUCAACUAUCUAUGUUUGCUAGUGGUUUAUUUUAUAGCAUAUACAUUGCCGUUUUUAUCCAGCCUUUCACAUGGUCCUUCUACACAGCAUCUGUUUUCAUUGGGAUUGCAGCUGCUGUACUUUGGACAGCACAAGGAAAUUGCCUUACAGUAAAUUCAGAUGAAAAUACAAUUGGAAGAAACAGUGGAAUUUUCUGGGCACUCUUGCAGUCCAGCUUGUUUUUUGGAAAUCUUUACAUUUAUCUUGCUUGGCAAGGAAAAACUCAAAUAUCAGAGAAUGACCGAAGAACAGUUUUUAUUGCUCUGACGGUGAUUAGCCUUGUGGGAACAGUUCUUUUCUUUCUCAUUAGGAAACCAGACCCUGAUAAUGUAUUGGGAGAUGAUGAGUCCUCUGAUAAUGAGAGUCUGGAAGUCAACAUGUCUGUUCAGAACAACAUGACAAAGGCAGUAGAUGCAUUUAAAAAAUCUCUUAAAUUGUGUGUCACCAAAGAAAUCCUGUAUCUCAGUGUUACAACAGCCUAUACAGGCCUGGAAUUAACAUUCUUCUCUGGUGUGUAUGGAACAUGUAUUGGUGCUGUAAAUCAGUUUGGCACAGAAGAAAAAAGCCUUAUUGGACUUUCUGGCAUUUUCAUCGGCAUUGGAGAAAUUUUAGGUGGAAGUCUCUUUGGCUUAUUAAGCAAGAACAGUCGUUUUGGCAGGAACCCAGUUGUGCUGUUGGGCAUUUUUGUGCAUUUUGUAGCUUUUUAUUUAAUUUUUCUUAACAUUCCAAGUGAUGCCCCAGUUGCUCCUCUUGAAGGAACUGAUAGCAAUGCUUAUAUCAGUUCAAGCAAAGAGAUUGCCCUAUUUUGCAGCUUUCUAUUGGGUCUUGGAGAUAGCUGCUUUAACACCCAAUUAAUUAGUAUUUUGGGUUUCCUUUAUUCAGAAGAUAGUGCACCUGCUUUUGCGAUCUUUAAGUUUGUUCAGUCUGUCUGUGCAGCAGUGGCAUUUUUCUACAGCAACUACCUUCUGCUUCAUUGGCAACUUCUGGUCAUGGUGAUAUUUGGCUUUUUUGGAACUCUUUCCUUCUUCACCGUGGAAUGGGAAGCUGCUGAUUUUGUAGCUCGAGGCUCAGAGUACAGAAGCAUUUGAUCUCACAUUUAAAGCAUUUUUAUUUAAAAAACUUGGCAAAAUGGGAAGAAUUCAAGGUCGCAGAAGUUUGAAUGAAGGAGCUACUGUCAACUUAAACAGUAUAAUGGAUGGCAGCAAUCAUUGUGGAAAAAAAAGACUCUCAGCCAAAGUUGGUCAAGUUUACAGACAUAGGAUAUUUAAAGGUUGAAAUAAUGAGACAUUUUUUGAACCAUUUUUGUUGAAUAAAUUCUGUUUUUAUAAUUGUGUUAUAAAAUAUUAGUAUUGUUCCUCUUCUAUUCUUAGCUAUUGAACAUGUAUCUUUUAAAGAUUCCUGCUGUACAUGGAGUAUGUUGUAUUAUUAUACAUUAUUGAAAAAUAGCUAUAACACAUGACCAUAUAUCUGUGAGAAUUAAAUUUAAAGUUUUAGGGCAGGCUCAAAUGGAAAUCUCAGCUUUCAAAAGGUUUAUACUUUAACUUCUAUUAAACAUAUUGCUCACUAAUCCCUUUUUCAAAUUACAGUUUAUAUAGUAGAGGCUGAGUUUUAAAAAUCAAAGCAAAGGAAGAUUAUUACAAAGUUAUAGAUUGUAAGGAGGCUUUAAAAAACAUUAAGCUAAGUGAUACAAUGAACAAAAAUGUAACAACCAUGUUAGAAUCUUGCCUAUAGUUCUCCUGGGAAGAUGUUAUACAAAAUGUCCAUUAUGUGCUGGUAACAUUUGCACUCUAAUCCUGGAUUGCCAUGGUCAAUGAGAAAAAUAAAUUAUUCAAAAUUAUUCCUUAUUUUCUUCAAUUAAAAUGCUAGAGAUAGCUAUAGAUCUUUGAGAGAGAAAUUUAAAUAUUGAGGGAAGUGCUCAAGUGGAAAUCUUGACUAUCUCCCUGUAUUUAUUUUUAAAUAGAAUAUUUAAUGUUCAGAUUGAGAAUUUUUAUUAUGAAGUUGUCAGCUACAGGCUGAAAGGGAGAAGGGGAAAAAGCCUGCAUUUGAUUAGGAUUUAAAAUUCAGCAAAUAUUUUAAAGUAUGUACUAUGUUUAAGGCACUACUAAACACUAGAAUCGGGAAAAUUGAUUUAAAAGUAUUGAAUUUUCCUUUUUCUGCCAUAUUAAUAAGGUUGUAAAAGUCUCUAUUACAUCUUAUUGGCUUAGGUUAAAUACAGUUAUCAAACAUAAAGGAUAUUAAUAAUUGUUAAGUACAGCUUCAGAAGUAGCAUGAAAUAAGAUAUACUGAACCAUGUUUUAUUUACCUAGGUCUUAAAGUUGUCUAUGGUUAAGAUGAAAAAUUCCUCCAAUAUAUUGCCUCAGACCACUUAAUGUCCCACUCUCCUCCCUUGUCCCUUUGUUUCCAAUGGUUCUUCACAGCUGUAGAAUAAAAAUGCUAAGUAGCUCCUGAGCAUUGUAAUUCGCGGGAAUAUAAUUCAACCAAAAUACUAUGGUAUUCAUCAUCUAUAGAUUGCUAGUAGUGUUGUCAAGAAGGGAAUUAAAGUGAAGGUGUUUAACUGAAUUGAUUAGAAACUUGAGUUCUCCCUGACUGCCACUGAUAUGCUUUGUGCUCAGUAACUCACUUUAAAUUUUGUACUCAGUUUUCAUAUCUAUAAAUGGGGAUGGCAACCUUAAAGAUUUGCACAAUGGAUCUUUGGAUGAGAGAUGGAGAGUACUGCUAUUUAAAUUUCAGUAAAAUAUGGGGUAAGGUUAAUAAAGUAUUGAAAAAGCUUUUCACUGUGUAGCUUUAUAGAAUCAGUCUCAUCAUAGUCUCAUUCAGAGAUGCAGAGAUGCAGUGAUUUGAUCUACCCAUAAUAUUUUUGUGAGCACCAAGUGACUUCAUUUUAACAUUUCAAAUUUAAUAUAUUAUGUGUAUGUUAAAAAUUUUCUUGACAUUUUGGGUGUCUUCCUUCCCAUACCCAAAAUUAUGGGAAAUUUUCAACCUUAGCUUUGAAGCUUCUUAACACAUUUUCUUUCUCUGGGUACUAAUAAAGGAUAGAUAUCUUACUUUCUUAAUUUUUAGAAUACAAAUCAGUUGCUAACGGAUGGGUAGAACGUUUAGGUAACAAAAUUACCUGAGAAAGAACAAGCCUUGUCAUUUGUUUUCAUCAUUGGUGGUGUUCCUUAGAGUAAUAUAGAUAGAAAAGCCUUGUAAUAAAAGCAGUCCUGGACUUAAUCUUGAAAGAUUCAGGAUUGCCAAACAGUCUGUUAACUGUUUUCUCCAGACCUUAAUACCUGGUGUUGGUCUGCUGUGACUUAAAGAACCACAUACGGGCUUUUUCUAGAUCAAGGGUUAUUAAACUAGAGAUUAUCUGUACUUGAGCUUUUUUUUUAUUCUGAUAACUGUUUCAAUGUAAUGAGUUUCCUUUUAAUUCUGUGUAUUUUAUUUUAUGCAUUUAAAAACAUUCUGAGAAAGGAUCCAUAAACUUCACCAGACUGCCAAAGGAGUCCAGACACAAAAAAAGAAGUUUAAGAAAACCCCUCUACUAGAUGAAUAAAUGGACUCAGGGUUAGGGAUAGUUUAAAAAUGUUGCUGAGCAAACAUCUCCUAAUUUUUCAAAAUUCUGCAGUAUUCUUUUUCCCUUCCUUCUAAUGUCAGUCUUAUAUUUGUAUUGAUAUGUGAUUCCAAGAAAUGCUUUUCAAUCAGAUUUUAUAGAAAAGUCUAUCAUACAAUUUAAGUUAUAACAUUGAAGAAGGAAUUGCUUUCCCCAUAUAAAAGAAAAUUAUUUACAUACAUAUUUUAAAUUAUACAGUAAUGAUAAAUAUACUAGAGGCCCUUGGUAGGUGAUCUCACCUGUGAAAAGGUUGUGACUAUUGAUCCUUAAGGAUUCAUUAUUAUUAUUGGUUUAGCACCUUAGUCUUUAUUUUACAUCUUAAAAAAAUCUUUGAGGUUUGAGGAGAGCUUUUUGUUGACAUAUUAAUGAAGACAAGGAUUGCUAAUGAAAGAAUAUAUUAAGGAGAAUUAAAUGUUUUUCUGUAUUUUUUUUUUGGUGAGUAAAUUAUUUAAAUAAAGAAGAGAACAGCAAA